AUGUCCCUGGCACUUAAAGAACCAACAUCCCACUCAGUGGUGGCAGGGCGUCAGGCCCUGCUGUCUGUGUUCCUGUCCAAACCACCUCAGCUCUUAUUGCUUUGUGGAUGGAUCGUUCAGAAAUAUGGAAGACAUGCAGGUCACCACGUCACAGCCCGAACGGGCUCAUUUAGAACUUGGACCAUCCAUUCAAACUACGUGCCCAGCACUGCGAACCCACACUACGUGCAUUAACUCCUCACAGAAAAGCUAUGCUUUAUUGAACAACUGAGGGGAGCCUUGUAGCCACACUGGGCUUGUGGUCUACAGUAAUACACACAGACAGAGACACACACACACACACACAAAUUAUUAGGCUGUGGUAGCAUCUGUCACUUUGUUGAGUCACAUAGGCCUCUCUCUAUCUCUCUCACACACGCACGCACACACACACACAUGCACGCACGCACGCACACACACACAUACACGCACACACACACCCACACACACACACACACACACACACACACACACACACACACACACACACACACACACACACACACACACACACACACACACACACACACACACACACACACACACAGGCCUAUCUCAGUCCCAUGGCUUUAGCACACCCCCUCUCCCUGGUCCUAGACUCACUGCAGUAGCUGCUAACCAGUUAUUUCAAUGCAUUUUUUGUAUUUUACAUCAUCACUGUUUCAAACUGUUUCACUCACCAUCAAUGUGUCAUUGGACUUGUCCAGUAAACAACUGUCAAGCAAAGCUAUUGUUUCACUAACUCUGCCACAAGUUACCGUAUGUCAUAUCUGUCUUUCCACACCAUCCCUUACAUUACGAUGCUCUGUGUGUCCUCAGUCUGUAACUGCUACCCAGUGUCCCUGGAAGAUCUUCUUAAAGUUCAAGGACACAUCUGGAGACUGGACAGAGACUCUCUUCCUAGCUGACACCAACUCUCCCAGCAGCAAACCAUGUCUUCCAUAGACCCCUACCAGUACAUUAUUGUAAGUCCACACGUGUACGGUUGCAUUCAAAUUCUUUGGUAUUUACUGUACUGCAUGUUUUGCAUACAUUUACUUGGUAUUUUUGGUAGUGUAACAAACAGCUUCUCACAACUUCACUUUAAGGCCAGUGAGUCAUCUGUUCCAGUAAUGAGAAGGAACCCACUACCCUAGAUAAGACUAUAUUGGACCGUAUAGUGUUUCUGGCAAAGCAGUAUUACUUCAGUAGAAAACCUUAUCUUUGUUUUGUCUCAAUCUAUCAACAUUAGAUACGUGGGCAGCUCUGUUCUCACUACAGCUCUGUUCUCACUACAGCUCUGUUCUCACUACAGUUCUGUUCUCACUACAGCUCUGUUCUCACUACAGCUCUGUUCUCACUACAGCUCUGUUCUCACUACAGUUCUGUUCUCACUACAGCUCUGUUCUCACUACAGCUCUGUUCUCACUACAGCUCUGUUCUCACUACAGUUCUGUUCUCACUACAGCUCUGUUCUCACUACAGCUCUGUUCUCACUACAGCUCUGUUCUCACUACAGCUCUGUUCUCACUACAGCUCUGUUCUCACUACAGCUCUGUUCUCACUACAGCUCUGUUCUCACUACAGCUCUGUUCUCACUACAGCUCUGUUCUCACUACAGCUCUGUUCUCACUACAGCUCUGUUCUCACUACAGCUCUGUUCUCACUACAGCUCUGUUCUCACUACAGCUCUGUUCUCACUACAGCUCUGUUCUCACUACAGCUCUGUUCUCACUACAGUUCUGUUCUCACUACAGCUCUGUUCUCACUACAGUUCUGUUCUCACUACAGUUCUGUUCUCACUACAGUUCUGUUCUCACUACAGCUCUGUUCUCACUACAGCUGUCAGGGCUAGGGGUAGGCCUAUUAGUCAUCAUGAUAGGAUAAAGGUGUAGGGUGGCCCAGUCCUCGAAAUGAUUCUUAUCAACUGUAUGCAAUGAUUUCCUUUCUGUUGUCUUAGGAAUUCAGCAUUCUAUGUGUUAUCUCACCAACCCCGUUUUGUCAGACCUCUGGGUAGCAGAGGUUCAGUUGUCUUUACUUCCUGUAGGUCUGACAUCUGAUUGGAGGUUAACUCAACAUUAACGCUAUUGGUCAACAACUCAUAUUAUGAAUCUACACAUGGUCAGAUGUUAUAAAGGGUCAGAUUCAUUGUCUCUUUCUAUUUUGUUCCUGACCUGCGCUGGUGAGAUACCUACACUUUCUCUUUCUCUCUCCACCCCAGGGACUCUUGGGGCAUGGCCUUUCAGGUCGUGACAUCACUCUCUCUCUCUGAUCAUGCUUUGAAUAAUGCCUUGUAAUGCUUGUUAAUGCUUUGUAACUUAAGUUUAUACCUUGUAUAAUGUAUCCAUUCAUUUUACAAAGUAAUUAAAUACACUUGUAUUUGGAAUACCAUUCUCAGACAUUUCGUGAUUGCCUGUUACUGUAAUUCAACUAAAUCAAAUCAAAUUUAAUUUGUCCCAUGGGCCGAAUAACACAGGUGUAGACCUUACCGUGAAAUGCUUACUUACAAGCCCUUAACCAACAAUGCAGUUUUAAGAAAAAUAAGAGUUAAGAAAAUAUUUACUGAAUAAACGAAAGUCAAAAAAGUUACACAAUGAAAUAACAAUAACGAGGCUAUAUACAGGGUACUAGUACCGAGUCAAGGUGCGGGGUACAGGUUAGUCGAGGUAAUUGAGGUACUUGGGCUAGUCAAUGCAAAUAGUCCGGGUAGCCAUUUUAUUAAUUGUUCAGUAGUCUUAUGGCUUGGGGGUAGAAGCUGUUAAGAAGCUUUUUGGACCUAGACUUGGUGCGCCGGUACCGCUUGCCAUGCGGUAACAGAGAGAACAGUCUAUGACUGUGGUGGCUGGAGUCUAUGACAAUUUUUUGGGCCUUCCUCUGACACAGCCUAGUAUAGAGGUCAUGGAUGGUAGGAAGCUUGGCCCCAGGGAUGUACUGGGCUGUACGCAAUACCCUCUUGUAGCACCUUACAGUCGGAUGCCGAGCAGUUGCCAUGCCAGGCGGUGAUGCAACCAGUCAGGAUGCUCUCGAUGGUGCAGCUGUAUAACUUUUUGAGGAUCUGGGGACCCAUGCCAAAUCUUUUCAGUCUCCUGAGGGUGAAUAGUCUCUUGCAUAUUUUAAUAAUCUUUAUGGAGUCAGGUAAACAUUUUAAAGGGCUAAUUGCAUAGUCUUAUUCUUAUCACGGGUCGCAUGUGAGGUAAAUAUAAUAUACACAUAUCAAAUAUUACCCCACUACAAAGGUGCCCUGCUGGCUUGACUUGGAGAUAUUCCACUGUCUGUGUCUGCUGCGGAGCCUCACCAAUCACUGUUAUUCUGUAGUGGAGACUAGCAGAUCUGCAGAUUCACUACCAGGGGAAUGGUGAUAAGACACAAUGACAUCAUCAUACCUUCCGUCAACAAAUGACUGUCUGACAGAUUAACCUAAAACAACAACAAAACAACAAAAAGACAAUUGUCUGCCCCAUAGUUAGAGAAAGGGAUCUGAUAAUCGUUCAUAGUAAGAGAAGGGAUAGGACUCACGAGACACAGGUUAGCAUAGUGACACUUUGACACCUCUUGUAUCACAGGAGUGUAUCUUCAGCCCAGGUUUGGACAAAAAUCACAGUUGAAAUUGUACACACUGUACCUAAGUAGUUCUAUGUUGGAGUUCAAGUGUGGUAGAUUUGUGCAUGUGUGAGGAGUGUGUCCUGGCUAACAGACUGUGCUUGUUAUGUGGUGUGUGGUGUUUCUGUGAGGAGUGUGUCCUGGCUAACAGACUGUGCUUGUUAUGUGUUGUGUGGUGUUUCUGUGAGGAGUGUGUCCUGGCUAACAGACUGUGCUUGUUAUGUGUUGUGUGGUGUUUCUGUGAGGAGUUUGUCCUGGCUAACAGACUGUGCUUGUUAUGUGUUGUGUGGUGUUUCUGUGAGGAGUGUGUCCUGGCUAACAGACUGUGCUUGUUAUGUGUUGUGUGGUGUUUCUGUGAGGAGUGUGUCCAGGCUAACAGACUGUGCUUGUUUUGUGUUGUGUGGUGUUUUCUGUGAGGAGUGUGUCCUGGCUAACAGACUGUGCUUGUUAAGGUGCCCUUGUUUGUGUGUGGUGUUUCUGUGAGGAGUGUGUCCUGGCUAACAGACUGUGCUUGUUAUGUGUUGUGUGGGUGUUUCUGUGAGGAGUGUGUCCUGGCUAACAGACUGUGCUUGUUAUGUGUUGUGUGGUGUUUCUGUGAGGAGUGUGUCCUGGCUAACAGACUGUGCUUGUUAUGUGUUGUGUGGUGUUUUCUGUGAGGAGUGUGUCCUGGCUAACAGACUGUGCUUGUUAUGUGUGUGUGGUUUUCUGUGAGGAGUGUGUCCUGGCUAACAGACUGUGCUUGUUAUGUGUUGUGUGGUGUUUCUGUGAGGAGUGUGUCCUGGCUAACAGACUGUGCUUGUUAUGUGUUGUGUGGUGUUUCUGUGAGGAGUGUGUCCUGGCUAACAGACUGUGCUUGUUAUGUGUUGUGUGGUGUUUCUGUGAGGAGUGUGUCCUGGCUAACAGACUGUGGCUUGUUAUGUGUUGUGUGGUGUUUCUGUGAGGAGUGUGUCCUGGCUAACAGACUGUGCUUGUUAUGUGUUGUGUGGUGUUUCUGUGAGGAGUGUGUCCUGGCUAACAGGACUGUGCUUGUUAUGUGUUGUGUGGUGUUUCUUGUGAGGAGUGUGUCCAGGCUAACAGACUAUGCUUGUUAUGUGUUGUGUGGUGGUUUCUGUGAGGAGUGUGUCCUGGCUAACAGACUGUGCUUGUUAUGUGUCCGUGUGGUGUUUCUGUGAGGAGUGUGUCCUGGCUAACAGACUGUGCUUGUUAUGUGUUGUGUGUGUUUUUCUGUGAGGAGUGUGUCCUGGCUAACAGACUAUGCUUGUUAUGUGUUGUGUGGUGUUUCUGUGAGGAGUGUGUCCUGGCUAACAGACUGUGCUUGUUAUGUGUGUGUGGUGUUUCUGUGAGGAGUGUGUCCUGGCUAACAGACUGUGCUUGUUAUGUGUUGUGUGGGUUUCUGUGAGGAGUGUGUCCAGGCUAACAGACUAUGCUUGUUAUGUGUUGUUUGGUUUUGUGAGGAGUGUGUCCUGGCUACAGACUGUGCUUGUUAUGUGUUGUGUGGUGUUUCUGUGAGGAGUGUGUCCUGGCUAACAGACUGUGCUUGUUAUGUGUUGUGUGUGUUUUCUGUGAGGAGUGUGUCCUGGCUAACAGACUGUGCUUGUUAUGUGUUGUGUGGUGUUUCUGUGAGGAGUGUGUCCUGGCUAACAGACUGUGCUUGUUAUGUGUUGUGUGGUGUUUCUGUGUGAGGAGUGUGUCCUGGCUAACAGACUGUGCUUGUUAUGUGUUGUGUGGUGUUUCUGUGAGGAGUGUGUCCUGGCUAACAGACUGUGCUUGUUAUGUUGUUGUGUGGUGUUUCUGUGAGGAGUGUGUCCUGGCUAACAGACUGUGCUGUUAUGUGUGUGUGUGGUGUUUCUGUGAGGAGUGUGUCCUGGCUAACAGACUGUGCUUGUUAUGUGUUGUGUGGUGUUUCUGUGAGGAGUGUGUCCUGGCUAACAGACUGUGCUUGUUAUGUGUUGUGUGGUGUUUUCUGUGGGGAGUGUGUCCUGGCAAACAGACGUGUUUGUUAUGUUUUUGUGUGGUUUUUUCGUGAGGAGUGGUCCGGCUAAACGUGCUUUAAAAUUUGUUUGUGGGUGUUUCUGUGAGAGUGUCCUGGCAAACAGACGUGCUUGUUAUGUUUGUGGGUGUUUUUUUUUGUGAGGAGUGUGUCCGGCUAACGACUGUGCGUUAUGGGGGUGUGGGUUUCUGUGAGGAGUGUGUCCUGGCAAAGACUGUGUUUUGUUUGUGUUGUGGGUUUUCUGUGGGAGGUGUCCGGGCUAACAACUGUUUGGAUGUUUUUGGGGUGUUUCUGUGAGGAGUGUUCCUGCUAACAGCCUGUGCUUUUAUUUUGUGUGGUUUUUCUGGAGGAGUGGGGCCCCUGGCAACAGAGGGGGGGCCCUUGUUAUGUUUUGUGUGGUGUUUCGUAGGAUGUGUCCUGGUCAACUGUGCUUGUUAUGGGUUUGUGGUUUUCGUGGGGAGUGUGGUCCGGGCAAAGACUGUGCUUGUUAUGUGGUGUUUUUCGUGAGGGUGGUCCUGGCAAAGCUGUGCUUGUUAGUGGUUUUUCUGUGAGGAGGUGUCCUGGCUAACAGACUGGGGGAUUGUUUGUGGUGUUUCUUGGGAGUGUGUCUGGCAACAGACGUGCUUGUUUUUUGUGGGUGUUCUGUGAGGAGUGUGCCCUGGCUAACAGACUGUGCUUGUUAUGUGUUGUGUGGUGUUUUCUGUGAGGAGUGUGUCCUGGCUAACAGACUGUGCUUGUUAUGUGUUUGUGUGGUGUUUCUGUGAGGAGUGUGUCCUGGCUAACAGACUGUGCUUGUUAUGUGUUGUGUGGUGUUUCUGUGAGGAGUGUGUCCUGGCUAACAGACUGUGCUUGUUAUGUGUCCGUGUGGUGUUUCUGUGAGGAGUGUGUCCUGGCUAACAGACUGUGCUUGUUAUGUGUUUGUGUGGUGUUUCUGUGAGGAGUGUGUCCUGGCUAACAGACUGUGCUUGUUAUGUGUUGUGUGGUGUUUCUGUGAGGAGUGUGUCCUGGCUAACAGACUGUGCUUGUUAUGUGUUGUGUGGUGUUUCUGUGAGGAGUGUGUCCUGGCUAACAGACUGUGCUUGUUAUGUGUUGUGUGGUGUUCUGUGAGGAGUGUGUCCUGGCUAACAGACUGUGCUUGUUAUGUGUUGUGUGGUGUUUCUGUGAGGAGUGUGUCCUGGCUAACAGACUGUGCUUGUUAUGUGUUGUGUGGUGUUUCUGUGAGGAGUGUGUCCUGGCUAACAGACUGUGCUUGUUAUGUGUUGUGUGGUGUUUCUGUGAGGAGUGUGUCCUGCUAACAGACUGUGCUUGUUAUGUGUCCGUGUGGUGUUUCUGUGAGGAGUGUGUCCUGGCUAACGACUGUGCUUGUUAUGUUUGUGUGGUGUUUCUGUGAGGAGUGUGUCCUGGCUAACAGACUGUGCUUGUUAUGGUUGUUGUGUGGUGUUUCUGUGAGGAGUGUGUCCUGGCUAACAGACUGUGCUUGUUUGUGUUGUGUGGUGUUUCUGUGAGGAGUGUGUCCUGGCUAACAGACUGUGCUUGUUAUGUGUUUGUGUGGUGUUUCUGUUGAGGAGUGUGUCCUGGCUAACAGACGGUGCUUGUUAUGUGUCCGUGUGGUGUUUCUGUGAGGAGUGUGUCCUGGCUAACAGACUGUGCUUGUUAUGUGUCCGUGUGGUGUUUCUGUGCAGGUGGAGCAGCAGUUCUCUCACAAGUUCAGAGUGAAGGUGGUUCGAGCUGAGAAUGUCACGAAGGGAGCACUGGGUGACCUGUGUGAGUCUGACAACACCUGUUCUUCCACAUGCUCCUAGUUCACACAUUAACAAUCACGAAUUCUCCAACAUAAAAAACACACCACAGGGAGUUGUCAUUUCUGUAAAAACUAAGAAUUAAUGUUUUGUCGUGAAAUGGAAUGCUGCCAAGUAAUAGCGAUAUUGUUAAAGUCUUAACAUUGUAUUGUCAUCUAUGUAUUUAUAUGUAUGUUUAUAUCACUCAAUGUACAUUUAUACAGUGGCUUGCGAAAGUAUUCACCCCCCUUGGCAUUUUUCCUAUUUUGUUGCAUUACAACCUGGAAUUAAAAUGGAUUUUUUGGGGGUUUGUAUCAUUUGAUUUACACAACAUGCCUACCACUUUGAAGAUGCCAUUUUUGUUGUUGUUUGUUAAACAAACAAGAAAUAAGACAAAAAACAGAACUUGAGCGUGCAUAAUUAUUCACCCCCCCAAAGUCAAUACAUUGUAGAGCCACCUUUUGCAGCAAUUACAGCUGCAAGUCUCUUGGGGUAUGUCUCUAUAAGCUGGGCACAUCUAGCCACUGGGAUUUUUGCCCAUUCUUCAAGGCAAAACUACUCCAGCUCCUUCAAGUUGGAUGGGUUCCGCUGGUGUACAGCAAUCUUUAAGUCAUACCACAGAUUCUCAAUUGGAUUGAGGUCUGGGCAUUUCAAUGUUUCCCCUUAAACCACUCCAGUGUUGCUUUAGCAGUAUGCUUAGGGUCAUUGUCCUACUGGAAGGUGAACCGCCGUCCCAGUCUCAAAUCUCUGGAAGACUGAAACAGAUUUCACUCAAGAAUUUCCCUGUAUUUAGCGCCAUCCAUCAUUCCUUCAAUUCUGACCAGUUUCCCAGUCCCUGCCGAUGGAAAACAUCCCCACAGCAUGAUGCUGCCACCACCAUGCUUCACUAUGGGGAUGGUGUUCUCGGGGUGAUGAGAGGUGCUGGGUUUGCGGCAGACAUAGCGUUUUUCCAUUAUGGCCAAAAAGCUCAAUUUUAGUCUCAUCUGACCAGAGUACCUUCUUCCAUAUGUUUGGGGAGUCUCCCACAUGGCUUUUGGCGAACACCAAACGUGUUUGCUUAAUAUUUUCUUUAAGCAAUGGCUUUUUUCUGGCCACUCUUCCGUAAAGCCCAGCUCUGUGGAGUGUACGGCUUAAAGUGGUCCUAUGGACAGAUACUCCCAUCUCCGCUGUGGAGCUUUGUAGCUCCUUCGGGGUUAUCUUUGGUCUCUUUGUUGCCUCUCUGAUUACUGCCCUCCUUGCCUGGUCCGUGAGUUUUGGUGGGUGGCCCUCUCUUGGCAGGUUUGUUGUGGUGCCAUAUUCUUUCAAUUUUUUAACAAUGGAUUUAAUGGUGCUCCGUGGGAUGGAUAUAAGUGUUGGAUAUUUUUUUAUAACACAACCCUGAUCUGUACUUCUCCACAACUUUGUCCCUGACCUGUUUGGAGAGCUCCUUGGUCUUCAUGGUGCAGCUUGCUUGGUGGUGCCCCUUGCUUAGUGGUGUUGCAGACUCUGGGGCCUUUCAGAACAGGUGUAUAUAUACUGAGAUCAUGUGACAGUUAGAUUGCACACAGGUGGACUUUAUUUAACUAAUUAUGUGACAUCUGAAGGUAAUUGGUUGCACCAAAUCUUAUUUAGGGGCUUCAUAGCAAAGGGGGUGAAUACAUAUGCACGCACCACUUUUCCGUUAUUUAUUUUUUUGAAUUUUUUGAAACAAGUUAUUUUUUUCAUUUCACUUCACCAAUUUGCACUAUUUUGUGCAUGUCCAUUAAAUGAAAUCCAAAUAAAAAUCCAUUUAAAUUACAGGUUGUAAUGCAACAAAAUAGGAAAAAUGCCAAGGGGGAUGAAUACCUUUGCAAUGCACUGUAUGUAACACAUACAUUUGUGUGUUUGUGUCUGCAGUGGACACUCCUGACCCCUAUGUGGAGCUGUUCAUCCCAACUUCCCCCGAGAGCAGGAAACGAACGCGCCACAUAGACAACGACAUCAACCCUGAAUGGAACGAAACCUUUGACUUCAUACUAGACCCAAACCAGGAGAACCUUCUAGAGGUGAACAAAAAGUAUAGUAAAAUCAAAACAGUCAAAUGUAACUCAUUUUAUGUCAGGCCCAGUCCAAGCCGUAAAAGUACAGUACAGUACAGUGAUUGCCUGAAGCUUGAAGCUAGUUGCCUGAAGCUUGAAGCUAGUUGCCUGAAGCUUGUUUGUUGGUGCUGUACUACUCAAUCAGAUAACGUUAAUGGACGCCAAUUACGUGAUGGACGAGAAACUUGGGACUACGUCGUACAACGUCUCCAAAAUGUUGAAAACUGGUCAGACUGAGACAGUGCCUUUUCUUAUCGGCAAA